CCCUGUUUUUCGCGUUCCGUGGCUAACCGGGAAGCAGUUUCCCGCAGUUUUAAUGGUUAUGGUGUUGCGCGUCGUUCUUUGACAUGGCUUUGUAGUAGCUCAUUUAUUGUGAACAUUAAGAACGUGCCAAUGUUAUAUCCAUUUCAUGUGUAUUUUUAUGUCAGAAUUAUUAUUUGGCGAACAAUGAAUCUUACAGGAAUUUGCGUUUGUGAUUAAUUUCCGGUGGCAACUAAAUCAGCGUUUACAAUUCGUCAGGGAUCUAGUGUUGUAUUUGCAGUGAGAUAGUUUGUUGUACGAUGGCUGUAGUGCAGCGUGGUUUGUUAAAGUGCUUUAAAUGACUGGCUAAUCAUUCACUGUCAUCAUAAUGCCUCACGACAUUGUUUACCCACAAGGUUGUCGUCCUGUAACGGAUGACUUGGGGCCAGAUGAACUUAUACGACGACUUAAGACCUUGGCUCAUACUCUGCAAGCAAUGGGGCAGGACGAGGGAAUGUAUCAACAGUACAUACCAUUGGCACUUCAUCUUGCCGAAGAUCAUUUCUUGAUGCAUCAAAGUAAAGAUGUCCAGCUAUUAAUUGCGUGUUGUAUUGCUGAUGUUCUAAGAGUUUAUGCACCAGAAGCCCCUUAUAAGGAUCCAGAGCAGGUUAAGACAAUAUUCCUCUUCUUGAUCAAGCAGUUAUCGGGCCUGAAAGAUCCAAAAGAUCCAGCUUUCAAACGGUAUUUCUACCUGCUGGAGAAUUUGGCUUAUGUCAAGAGCUUUAAUAUGUGUUUUGAGCUAGAGGACUGUCAAGAGAUCUUUUGUGCUCUUUUCUCCCUCAUGUUUAAGAUUGUCAAUGAUGAACAUUCUGGUAAAGUUAAGAGCUUUAUGCUAGAUGUACUGUGUCCACUCAUAACUGAAUCUGAUAUAGUGUCCAAUGAACUAUUGGAUAUUAUUCUGAUGAAUGUAGUGGAACCUAACAAGUCACAACGAAAGAAUGCAUAUCUCCUUGCUAAGGAGCUAGUGGUGAAGUGUAGUGACACACUUGAACCAUAUAUACAAACAUUCUUCAAUCAUGUGUUAAUCCUGGGUAAAGAAGAAAAGGGACUUGGGAUCUGUGGGAAAGUAUAUGACCUCAUAUAUGAGCUCAACCACAUAUGUCCCAGUGUCCUCCUUGCAGUUUUGCCACAGCUUGAAUGCAAGCUAAAAUCAGCCCAAGAGGCUGAACGGUUGGGUGCAGUUGCACUGUUGGCAAGGAUGUUUAGUGAGAGAGAUUCUAACCUUGCAAGACACCAUACACAACUGUGGAAAGCCUUUCUUGGAAGGUUCAAUGACAUCAGUGUUGCCAUCCGAACAAAAUGUGUACAGUAUUCAAUGCAUUUCCUUCUUAACCAUCCUGAGUUACGCCGUGACAUCACUGAAACACUGAAGAUGCGGCAACAUGACUCAGAGGAGAAUGUUCGUUAUGAGGUUGUCAUGGCAAUAGUGACAACAGCGAGGCGUGAUUUUGAAGUUGUUUCAGAUAGUGAGGAUCUUCUUGAAUUUGUCAAGGAGAGGACACUUGAUAAGAAGUUUAAGAUACGAAAGGAAGCCAUGUCAGGUUUGGCAAUGAUUUAUAAGAAGCACCUAAAUGAUUCAGAUGUACCACAAGCAACAAAAAAAGCUGUUACAUGGAUUAAGGAUAAAAUUCUUCAUGGCUACUACAUGACUGGCAUGGAAGACAGGUUAUUAGUGGAGAGGUUAUUAAACACUUGUUUGGUCCCAUUCCAACUUCCUGCAGAAGAACGCAUGAAAAAAUUAUAUCACUUGCUAGGAACAAUUGAUGAAAAUGCCACAAAGGCUUUUAUUGAGCUCCAGAAACACCAGCUAGCUGUACGUCGUAGUGUUUCAGAAUGGCUGGAGCUCCAUCGGCGACCACAUUCUGCCGAGCGUGACAAAGACAUGGCUGCACGAGUCACUGUACUAUCACGAUUUCUGCCUGAGCCUGUAAAAGCACAGGAGUUCCUUACGAAAUUUUCAGUUCAUCUUAUGCGAGACUCUGCAUUACUGCAGGGGAUGGAGACGAUUGUAAGGCCAGAUAUUAGCUGCAAAGAUUGUGCUGACACAACGAGUCUUGUUCUGAAGAAAUUAGGUCAGCCUGUGAUGACUAACUUAUACUAUAAUACAGUCAAAAUGCUGCUUGAGAGAAUAUCUUCUGUCAUGGUGGAUCAUCAGGCUCUUAAGUUGCUUGUUGGUUAUAUAGAAGACUGUUUAAAGGGUGGAAAUCUCAUAGAAGAGGUUGGACUUCAUCCAAAUACAGCAGGAGAGAGAGGUCUGAAACUCUUGGUGAUGCUGUCUUUUGUUUUUCCUUGUCAUUUUCUUCAUGAAGAUGUUCUUCGUCAUCUUGCUUCAUUUCUGAGCAUGGAAGAUGAGACAGUGGCACCAUUAGUUCUAUCUGUUCUCACCUUCCUUGGCAAAUACAAACCAAUAGGUGAGCAGUUUGGGGACCUUAUGCGUGAGCUGGUACCUGUUUGUAAACAGUUUGCUGUAACAGGUACAACAAAACAAGCAAAACAGGCCAUCCGCUGUCUGUAUGUUAAUCUUGCACAUGGGCAGGAUGCAGUGUUUUCAGAAAUUUUAGAGAGAAUCAAAGAAAAUUUGAAUCCCAGUUCAGAACACUUCAGGACAGCUAUUGUUGCUUUGGGCCAUGUUGCAUACAACUUACCUGACAAAUAUCCAGUCCACAUAAAGAACAUAGUCUCUCGAAAGGUUGUAAAAGAGUUGUUGGUGAAAGAGACUGGAAUUAGUUCAGAUGUCUUAAGUAGUGAUGUAGAAUGGUGCAGAGAGGAUGAGCUGCCUGAAGAAACUCGAUGUAAGCUUGAAGGACUGAAGACUAUGGCACGGUGGCUUCUUGGACUGAAAGCUGAUGAACUGUCAGCACAGAAGACUUUCAGGAUGUUGAAUGCAUUUAUUGUUAAUCAGGGUGACUUGCUUCAGCAGGGAAAACUUAGUAAAGCAGAGUUGGCAUGGCUUCGGUUAGGAGCUGGCUGUGCUAUGCUUAAAAUUUGUGAACAGAAAGGAGUGGGUGACCAGUUCAAUGCAGAACAGUUUUACCAUUUAUCUCUCCUGAUGACUGAUGAAAUUCCACAAGUGCGUGAAAUCUUUGCAGCCAAGUUGCACAAAGGUUUGAGCAAAGGAAUUCCGAACAACAGAUGUCUGCCACUUGACUUUAUGGGUUACUAUGCCCUCGCAGGCCAGGAGCAAGACAAGAGAAUUAAGGCUCAGAUUCGUCAGCACAUGGUGUCAGAUAUCAACAAACGAAGAGAGUACAUCAAAACACUGCCUGUUUGGUCUACGGGAGGUCCAACUGAAAGGGGCAUGGGCCAGCUGGCACACAUUCUUCCUGACUACAUGCUAGUUUUUGCAGUGCCAGUUCUAGCUCAUGAUCCAGACUUUACCUCUAAUGAAGAUGUGGAGCAGCUUACCAGGGUGCGGCAGUGUCUCUGGUUCAUACUUGAACCUCUUAUGACAAAAAAUGAGUUUUACUGCUUUGGUUUCUACAAAAAUCUUAUUGAACGUAUGAAGAACCAUAAAGAUGCUCUUAAAGGGGAAGAUGAUAGCAUGAAUCACAAACUCUGGGCUGUGUGUGACUUGGCCAUGGGUCUAGUCCUUUCUAAGACGACAAAUUAUGAAAUGAAAGAGUUCCCUGCUGACACAAGAGUUCCAACCAUGUACUUUCGUCGUCACGAAGAUGCCCUUUGGGUUAAUGCAAAAUCUUAUCUGCCACCUGAAAUGCAAGUGCAUGCCCCCAAAAUGAAGCCAGGCUUACCGUUAUCUAUGGUAGACACCAGUACAGGUGGAGUGAAGUUGAUCACACGUGGGAAAAUGAGAGGUCGAGCUUUGAAGCAUCAGCAAGGUGUUGGUAUCAAUGAAACUGAUGUCAAGGAAGAAGGCAUGUUGGAGUGUAUUGAUGCAGAGCCUUCUGAGGCAUCAGAAACAAAAAUCCAGUUGCCGGGCAUGGAGGAAGAGUGUGGAUCAGAGUGUGAUGAGCCCCCACCAAAGAGAGCAGUGCUUGAACACCAACAUAAAUUGGAGCCCAUGUGAACAUUGCAUCUUGGGUAGUCUGCAGCAAGUGGAUGGACUAGUUUGGCACACAGGCACACUACAGGCAAUGGGCAUCAGAAUUACUGAAAGGGAAAGCAUAUUUAUGCUGUUUAUAUCUAUGUUGUUCCUUUGUUACUUGAAACUUGGUCUAACAUCCCAGCCAGCUGUUUAUUAAAGAGCACCAUAUAUGAAUUAGGGCAGUUGUUGGCAUGUCACAAGUAAGGGACUCUCUUCUGUAUAAAUUGAAGGUGAAUAAGUAGCCAAAUUGGACUCAAAAUGAAAGUAUGUUUGUUUUUAAUGUGCGUUGGAAUUCAAGGAAUGAACUGUAAUUAAAAAUAAUUUUUAUGCAUUGUCAGAAUAAACUUUGAUUCUUAAGCUAAGCCAGACGAUGCUUAAGGAUCAAUUCUAGUAUUGUAAAUGAGGAAAUUGCAUCUUGAAGCAGUAUAUUUGUUAUUGUCUUUUGACAGAUUAUUAUAUAUUUGCUCUUUUUGUUCCCACAGUCACCAUUCCUAUCAAUAUUUUAACAUGAGAUGUAUUUGGCAGUUUGGUGAUAAAUGUGUACAAACCCUCUAAAUUCUGGCCAGGGGGGCUGGAUCUGAUGCGUGUGUAAAAGAAGUAAAAUUAACAGUGACACAUAAGUGAACUUGGUUAUUCAACAAAAAGUUGUGAAACUCUGUAUUACAUACAUUUCUGUGUGUAAUGGUCCAUAGAUCAUCUGUUUGAAAUGCUCCAGCAGUUAUGUGAGAUAACAUGUGAAAGUUGUAUUACUUUGAAGUUUUCAGAAUUUCAUCUAUAGUGCUUUUCACAUGUGUAACUUUGGCUUUCAGGGAUGACCCACCUCUAAUGUUGAGAAUUACCCAAUGUUUCUUAACAUUUGAUGAAGCUCAUCCCAAAAACUUCAGUUACAGAUUUAACUACAGCUAUGAAAACCCAAGGACAGGAACAUUGACAACCAUUUCACAUAUUGGGAGAAAGUGAUUUUGAUUGGGUUUUCCACAUCAUUCUUGUUGGGGUAGCAAGUGGUAUUGUCUUCAUUGUUUCUCUGAAACAGGACACUUGAGCAGGUAUAGAGAGAACCUUCAUUACAGUGAUAUUUAUGGUAAUUUAUUAAUUUUGUAAUGCUGGUACUAAUGAGGUGUGUAUAUCUACAGCAUGUUAUAUAUAACUUUUGUUACAUGUCUAGCUGUGUUUUGUUUAUGUGAAGUUCAACUUUCACAUUUCUGUACUUUCAGCAAAGGACUUUUGUUGAUUUCUAUUCAUUCAUUGGAAAUCUUACAUAAGUCAUAUUUAUGAUUUUUAUGUAAAUACUUAAAAUAAUCAAAACCUCAUCUUUGCAAUGUGUAAUGAGCCCAUUCCACCUCUCCGAAGGUUAAUGUGAGCACUGCCUCUGGUAUAAGUAUAAUUUCUUUCAACCCAUUCUGCAUGGUGAUGCAUGUUAUUGAGGUUCUGACUUGAGCCUUUUGAAAAUUGUUAGAUCUCAUAUGUAUAAAUACAAACAAAUUUGGCAAUCGGAAGGCUCUCCUCUUCAACCGCUAUCCAAUAUUACAGGCUGUGUUAUUUAGGAGGGGGAAUUUAUUGCUUGUUUAUAAAAAUUGAAUCCUGCAAUUCACAGCACAAAUUUUCACUCAAGUUAUCAUGUGGUCAACUACUCAACAUCAUAUCCCUUGUAAGAAAUUAAGCAAAUUGUUGAUGUUGUCUUAUGUAGAACAGGUUCUUGUUGCUUUAUUAAUCCUACAAGUGUUAUAGCAAGUUCCCAGUUUUUUCCAUCCUUUUAUAAUUUAUUGUGGACAAAAUUUUAUAUUUACUGUUGUGUAGCAUGAUUAUCAGCAUUUUUUUCAAACUGUGUUAGACUUAUACUAUCCUUGUUCUUUUGCUUUUUUUUUUUUUUAAUUUUUAAAAUAGACAGGGUCUUUUGGACAAUGUGUACCUCAUAUGACUUCACAUUUCUUGAAGAAUGUAGGUUUGGAUAUUCUGCUUCUUGAGGUUAUUUAUUUAGUGCCUCAUGAUUUGGAAAUGGUACAGUAAUUUAUUUUGCAAUUGUUGUAGUGUUAUCAGUACUAUGAAGGAAUUUGGCAUUGGGACUGAGGAACUGAUACAGAAUGUGUUUUCUUUUUAAAAACGUGUAAUUUGAAUAAGAACUGCAGUACAUAAUAUAAUAAAUGAAGUAAGACAUUUCAGAACAUGAUUAAAAUGUCUUCCCUACCCUUUGAGCAGUAAUAUAUUUUCAGAUGUUAAUUGUUUUUGUGUAUGUGAUGAACACAUUACACCAAAGUGUAGUUUUGAAGAGGAAAAGAGUAAAACAGUAUAGUGGUAUUUGAUUCAUGUAAAGUAAAAUGGCUGUAGCAUUAUGCUCUUUAAGGCUUAGUGAGAUCUGCAUUAAGUUGAACAAACAAAAUUUUAAAUUAAGUUAUUUAAAAGUCGGUUGUAGUUGUAGUUUUCUGGGUAGUGACAUCAUUUAGUCUUGUAGGUGAGUUUUAGUGCUUCAGAGGAAUGUAUUGUCUCCAGUGUGAAGAUGGAAUAUACAUUCCUCCAAAAGUGCUGGUUACCAUCUAGAAGACUGCACUGCAUCCCAUCCUUAAGAUCACAAUCAACAUUUUCAUCAUUGUGAGAACUGAAAUCUGAAGUUAUUUAAAUUACCUUGUUUGAAAGAAGUGGUCAGAUAAUAGUAGGAAAGUAAAAGAUUGUUAUUGGUCAGACAGUUUGACCUUUGAAUUAAGAGCCAUUCAUAAUUAUACUGAGAAAUUCUCUCACCAUAAUGCUGGUGUAUAUAUGACAUGAUAGGACAUUCGUGCUUUUACUUCUAAAUAUCCUUGACUUUUUUUCAGUAUAAGUUGUUUUCUAGAUGAAAAGCCACCAAUUAUACACUAUAAUUGUAAAGAAAAGUAAUCUUCAUCCUUAAAUGCAAAGAUUUAUUAAAACAAAAUAUCAGUUUGUCUUAAAGUACUUGCCUCCCAGUUACAAUGAUUGCCUGUAAUAAUAUGUUUAGAUUUUUGCAGGUGUAUUGGAUAUUUCUCAAAAUGGGAUUUUUUUUACAGUUUGUGGAUGUGUGAUAUUUAAUAAACAAAAAAGGUAUUUGUAUGGUAGGAAUGAAUUUUGGUUUGUGUGGGGUGGUUGAGAGGUAGACAUUAAAAAUAUAAUAAUAAUUGAACAUGCAACUGUAUAACAUAGAUUUUGUGUGAACAGCUGAACAGCCAGUUUUUGAUGACUUGGCAGUACAUGGCUGCUGUCCAAUAUUAGACCCCCAGACUGACAACUUAUAACCAUUUAAUUGUUUUUUAAAAAUGGAUCAUAAUUAUAUUCUUGUAUGUUAUGUUAUAGCAUGCCAGGAUAUAAUGAAAACGUAGUUGCUAUUUUUGCAUUUCUUGUAUUAGUAUGUUAACAUCUGUAUUUCAUAAUGCAUGUUUGGAAACUACCAUGCCAAUCUGCACCAAAGUUUGCACAUUAUGUUGGGGCACAUUUUACUUGUGGUUUAAGGUACAUAAUGAAAUUCCUUAGUUGGAGAAGGAUUUGGAAAACAAUACCGUAUUUGUUUUCAUGUAAAUACAUAAAAACUGCACUCCAUUUAUGGACACAUCUGCAAGAAAAGGCAACAUAACAUGUGAGAUGAAAAAGCCAUGGAUUGUUUACCCAGUUCAUGGUUAUAGUACCAACAAUUCCCUCUGUAUCUCAAGCUGUGAGUUCACUAAACUGAGCUUGCCUAUAUGCUUACACAUGUAUAACAUGGCGGUAUAACUUUUGUUUUUUAUUUAUUUUGAGAACAUGUGUUUAGUGAUAAAGAGAAAAUAUGAAUGACAGGACAUUAUAUGCAUUGUCUGCAUGAAUUAUAUGAAAUUGACAAAUAAUGGGGAGGUUGUCUAUCCUUCAUUUACAAAAUUAGUUGGUAGAUUUAAAUUCCAUGAAGCUGAUACUGAACUUUACCAGAUUUAUUAAGUUAAUGAUACGUCAAUAAUACGGAUCAUACUAAAAUCUGCAAUUUUUUUUUGAAGUUGGUAAAAAUAAUUUUAUGCAUCUACACAUUGUGAUAUCUUCAUUAUUGUGUGGCUUUAUCAUUGAUAUAAUAUAUGAUUUGUGCAUUAUAUAGUAUCUUUGCUAUUUAUUAGCUCUGUGAGUGAUGGAUUUAUGUCUUCAGCAAAUGAACUCAAGAAUAAUGUAUGAAAAAUUGAAAAGAACACAUUUUGAAAAUGUGUACUUAAAAAUUUGAGUAGGCCUAAAACCUUUCUACCCUUGUUCCUUUUGAAACUGCAAGAACAACUUGUAGAUCAGGAAUUGAUGCUGCCAUUAUUUUGUACUGAGUAAAUCACACCUCGUAGGUUCAUUGAUUUUUUUUACAGUCUCUCUGAAACAUUUGUAAAAUGUUAUAUCACAUAUUAAAAACACCUACCAUUAGUAUCGUGUUUAGGGUUUUGAAGAAUUAAAUCUGGCUAGUUUUUGAAACUUCGAGUGGUUAGCACUGCUGCUUCAAAUUUAGGAGGUCCUGGUUCAAACCUCAGCUCUGAGACUGGCUAUCUUAACUGAGCUUUUUUAUGGUUUCUCUUUGUCCCUCUACCUUCCAGGUAAAUGCUGGGAUAGUACCUUAAAUUAAGCCAUGGCUGCUUCCUUCCAUAUGCUUUUCAGUUCAUUGCCCAGUAAUUAUGAAAUUUAACAUUACACAUUACAUAGCAAGGUUAAAAAGUAAAAUGACUUUUACUACUGUUACAAGUGUUAUGUGUUACCAUAAAAAUUGAACACAUCAAGUACAAUGAUUCAUAAAUUUUCACACCUAACAGUUUUGUAGUCACUGCAUUGUUAUUUUCAGUUUCCUAAGAGGAAAUAUGAUAAUUGCCUACACUUCAAAGACCUGUUACAAUAAAAAAAAGGUCUGGCUCCCACAUUAAAAGACUCUAAAUUGGUUCAUACCUUACUUGCUAAGAAUGUUAAAGAAUACCAAGUUGGGGAGGCCUCCAGUGGCAUGAUGUUCAUACUGAGUACUAAGAAAUUUGAUCUGUUCAUAUCUAUAAUAUUGAUAUGUACAAAUUGAUUCAGUAGACUGAUAUACAUGCAAAUGAAGUUCCAAAUAAACUGUUUCUUCACAACCGUAAAAAAUGUGAGUAUAGGUAAUAUUUGUUGUAUUUGGAGCUUUGAAGUGACAUUCAUUUUAAAAUUGCUCAGAGAUCCUCAUCUCCAAGUUUUGACUAAUACAUGUGAAAAACUUGUGUACGUGGUUAACAGGAUUACAAAUGUGGAUUGUAAGUGUGCAGGAACUUAACUAUUAUUGCAGCAUACCAAAUUACAGAACACUUUGUAAAGCCACUAAUAAUUCUGUUAUGUUAAUUUUCGUAACUUGUUCUGGCUGCAUUAUUAGAAUCGUUAUUAGCAGCAUAUUAUUCAUUCAGAUGUUGAAAUUCUUUUGGCUUGUUCAAACCCUAGUCAGCUUCAUUUUCAAGAGAAUAGAAGCCAACUUAAUUUUGUAUAGAGCCCAAUAUCCUUACUUUAUAGAAAUUGUUUUAUUUUCGACACAAUGGGUAAUAUAACAGUAAGAUGUUUCAUUUACCACUUAAUGAACUAAAUUUUAUAGAAUCUGUAACCAAGAAACUUAAUAAUAUAUCAAUUAACACUUUAUUGUCUGAGUAGUUUUGUUUUUAGUGUUGAUAAUUUUAUCUUACUUGUAUGUUGCUGAAAUAUUAAAGCAAAGAUCUCCAAUUGACCUACUUACAACAGUCACAUGUGACAAAUUCUUGUGUUUAUUAACUCAUUUUAAUGACUUGCAUUCAGUGAAUUUGUAUCUUAAUUGAAUAAUACUGUCUUGGGGUCAUACAUAUAUGUAAAUGACAUUAACAUUUCACAGGAUUUUGGUUCAUGUUGGAAUGAUGUACUUGAAGCAUUUUUUGUUGUUUUUGCUUUGAACAGAAGGUAGAAUUUUAGUGCAGUGGUAAGCUCAUGUGCAUUACAUAUGAAUAUUGAAAAUAAAUCCAUAAGACAACAAGACUUCACAUUCAUAACAUCAACAAAUGAAAACCAUAGAAGCAACAGAGAUUAUAAAAUUUUGUUUUUACAUAUUUAUGAAUCUACUUCAGUCUUAAAUAUGACUCCUUAUUUAAGCUAAAACUGAAUAUGAAAUUGUGAUUUUCAUAAUGUGACAUAAGUGAAAUUAAAUGCAGUUGCUAAUACUAUAUAUGUGCUACAUCAGGAAUCAAGUAAUAAUGUAUGGUAACAUGGUGAUGUUGGCUUAUCUUGUCACUGUUUUGCUUGUCAGGUAUUUUGACCAGUUGUCAAAUCUAAUAUUCACAUUUAAAGGUAUUCUCAGCAUUUUUGCUAAGUUGGUAUUGUAACUUUUGUGUUUUUGUAAAAAAAAAAGUUGGUGAAAGAUAGAACCUGUCCAUUUGAGGUUAGUUUUUCAGCACGAUGUUAGAAUGUAGGAGUAUCGUGUUUAAUUACUAUAAUUUUGUGAACAUUAUUAUUAUUAUUAUUAUUAAUGGUGAAUAAAUAAAUACAUAAAUUACCAUACUUUAAUUAGGAAAAGUAUGACUUUUUACAUUGUGAAUUGCCUGAAAUUGUUUUUAUGACUUGAUUUUUCUUAGUGUAUUGCAUGUUAUUCUCUCCUUUCCAUCCUUAUUAUUAUCUGUGCAUAGAGACUGAAUGCUGGUGGGUGGUUUCUCUUGCAUGAGAAAAUCACAUGCUGCCACACAUCCUAAUAGGAAGUUACAUUCAUGCUUGACAAAUUUGUCAGUAAAACAACUGUUCUUCACUUACAAUAAGUGCUAUAAGUGGUGUCCUCCAACAUCCAAGCACAUUUCUCACUUGUGUAACAAAUUCACAUUCUAUGUGCCUAGAAUAAAUUCUGGAUUUUAAUCUAUGAAAUCUCCAAAGUGCAUGGAUUAUAUCUACAUGGCUGUUGUUUCCAGAGACAAAUCACAAAUUCAAAUCUAGGAAACAUGAUGGCCAUAGUCCUCUGCUGAUUUGUUGAUCAAUAACAUACUGAAUUUUUGUGAUGUAAGUUAAUGCAUUGUUCUGCUGAAAAUACAUCAACUCACGAUUCUCAAAAACAAAUGUUCAAUGUUGUACUGUAGUAGGGCACAAGCCCGAAGAGUGGUUAUGAUGGAAUGGUCACAGAAAUAAACAGCUUAUCUUACAGUGGCAGUUUUUCAGCAGCAUGUCUCGUGUUCUGACUACCUGCAGGCAAAGCAACUGCUUGAACAAAAUGCUGUAUUGGAUGAACUGCUUUGUACUGCAUAAUAGCUAGGACAGAACCCAACAGUAAUGGGAUUCAAUCCACAUGGUAACAUGUGACAUAGUGAUAAUUUAUACUGUAAUGUAUAUCAAAAGUUUUAAUUGUUGCUUGAUUUAUUGAUACAAUUGGUUCUCAUCAAUCAGUUCUACGUAGUUCUUGGAUGGGGGCGAAAGACAUUUGUUGUGGAUGAAAGCUAAGCUUGUUGCCUCAUAACUGGAACGUUUUGAUUUAUCAAGUAAUACUACAAAAAUUGUUGCUAUCCAGGAUGACAAAAAAAUAAUUACAAAUGUAAAAUGUACAGGAAUACGCAGAGAACUAGACAUUUCCUAAUUGUAUCCGUAUUCACACUUUCUUCAUAUUCACUAGUACAUAAAAAUGAUCAUGACAUGUGUAAUACACAAACAUUAUUUGUGUAAAGAACUAGGAAACAUUUUUCUUAAUGUAUUUUUAUUCACAUACAGCACUUAUGUAUCACCUUUGACAUGUAUAAAUAUCUUUACAUGA